AUGGGGUCGUCAAUGAAGGACAUCCUCAACAAGCUGCACAUGCCCGGCAGCGGCAAGAACUCGCCACAGCAGAGCGAUACCGAGUCUGGCAGCACACGCCCAACUCGCAAGGAGAGCUCUGCACCCCAUGAGAACCAGACCACGAGCCCGCACUCGUCCAUGUCGGAGCCGCCUGGGGACAAGCCGCGCCAUUCCAUGACUGGUCUAUCAGCGCUCUCCCAUCGUUCGAAGCGGCAAAGCUUAGAUAUGAAAUCCCCCGCAGGCGGCGGCCACCGGGCGUCCAAGGAUGGCGGCCAUAGAACGGCCACACCCAUUGGCCUGCUGCGGCGGAAGAUGCGGUCCAACUCGGAUUCCUCCCACUCCUCGACCGAGGACUUGCCGCUCAACAGAGAAGGCGAGGCCAUGAGCAAGAACCAGCAGCGCAAGCACGAUCGCAUGGCGGAGAAGGAGAAGCAUCGGAAAGAAGCCGAGGAGAGGCGGGAAGCGGACCGCAAGCGCAAGGAGGAGAUGGAGAGGAAGGCGCUGGAGAACGAGACCGAGGAGCAGAAGGCCAAAUAUGGGGUUCUGCCGAUCAACAACUACGCCGGCGAGGCGAAGAACCUCCAGGGCCACUUCGACGUCAGGACUCUGAAGCCGGAGCAGGUGGGCCAGGAAGUCGUGUUCCGCGCUCGCCUGCACAACCUCCGCAAGCUCAGUGCUCAUCUCAUGUUCAUUGAGCUGAGGCAGCAGACGGCGACGAUUCAGGGUAUACUGCACGAGCGUGGGGAUGUGUCUGAGCACUUCCUCUACUGGGCUGAGCACUUGCACGUCGAGACGGUCGUGCGGGUCAGAGGUAAGGUGCAGGAGCCCAAGGCGAAGCAGGGCGAGAUCAUCGGUGUCUCUAUCCACCACGUCGAGAUCCAAAUCUCGGAGAUGCACGUUGAGGCUGUGCCGAACGAGCCGCUGCCGUUCACCGUCCACGAGGCUGAGGUCACGAAGGAGGAGACGGAGAAGGAGGGCGAUACCCGCCAUCGUGUCUCAGAUCGAGCUCGCUGGAACAACAGGAUCAUUGACCUUCGCGCGACAGGCUCGCAGAGUGUCUUCCGUAUCCAGUCUGGCAUCUGCCAGAUUUUCCGCUCCCACCUCGAUUCGCUCGGCUUCACGGAGAUUCAUACGCCUAAGCUCCAAGGUGCGGCGUCGGAGUCUGGUGCCAGUGUGUUUAAGGUCGACUACUUCGGCCGACCAGCCUUCCUGGCACAAUCGCCUCAGCUUGGCAAGCAGAUGUGUAUCGCCGCAGAUAUGCGCAGGGUGUUUGAGAUUGGCCCGGUGUUCCGUGCUGAGAACAGCAAUACUCACAGGCAUUUGACGGAGUUCACGGGUCUGGAUCUGGAGAUGGCUAUCGACGAGCACUACCACGAAGUCCUUCGAACACUCGACAGCACCUUCAAGGCAAUCUUCAAAGGCAUCUACGAGAAUUACAGGCAUGAGGUGGACAUUGUGAAAGAGCAGUGGCCAUCUGAGGAUCUCUUGUGGCUCGACGAGACGCUUGUCCUUCCCUUCGCGGAGGGCAUCAGGCUGCUCAAUGAGUCUGGCUGGAGAGACGAGAACGGUAAAGAGCUGCCAGAGGACGAAGACCUGGGCACAAGAGAUGAAAUCCAGCUUGGUCGCGUGAUCAGGGAGAAGUACAAGACCGACUACUACGUCCUCGACAAGUUCCCAGCCUCCGCGCGCCCCUUCUACGCCAUGCCCGAUCCGUACAACUCCAAGGUCACCAACUCCUUCGAUAUCUUCCUGCGUGGACAAGAGAUUCUGUCUGGAGGGCAGCGUAUCCACGACGCAAACAUGUUGACUGCCAAGAUGGAGGCGUUGAAGAUGGACCCGAAGAGCAUGGAAGAGUACAUGAGUGGUUUCGAGUGGGGCUGUCCUCCACACGGAGGUGGUGGUAUCGGUAUGGAGCGCAUUUUGAUGCUGUUGCUCAAGCUCGGCGACAUCAGGAACGCUUCGCUGUUCCCACGAGAUCCGCGCUCGCUGCCAUACACACCACCUGUCAAGCAGCUCAGGCAUCCCGAGGCCAGCACGCUGCACCCGCCGUGGUCUGGUCAAGAUCGUGUUAUGGCUCAGAUGGAAUUCCAGCCGUUGGAGAAGCUCAUUGCGAACUACGGCGAUGCGUCGAAUACCUCCUGGCUCGAGCCGAAGUUCGAGAUCUGGCGAGAUGCCAAUACUGGUGCCGCUGUCGGUUUCGUGCCUCACGAAGGCUUCGCCAUCACCAUUGGCGACCCGCUGUGCCAUCCAGGUCAGUAUGCGAAGACGAUCGCAGGCUACCUCCGCUACAUCAAGAAGGAACGCCACAUCAAACCGCUUUGGCUGCUGUGCGGCCACCAGAUGGAGGACAUUCUCGCGACCAAGUUCGACUGGCGCACCUUCUCCCCCGCCGCCGAACAGCGCCUUGAUCCCGGCAACAACCCGGCCAUCAAGGACGCAGACAUCCAGCGCAAAAUCCGCCACGCCGAGAAGGAGGGUGUCAAGAUCCACGACAUCCCGAUGGGCACGCCGGUGCCGAAGGACGUCCGCGAGAAGAUCGACGCUCGUGUGCAAGACUGGCUGGCCGGGCGCAAGGGCAAGCAGGUCCAUCUCACAGACGUGCACCCGUGGCAGGACGUCGCGCAUCGCACGUACCACUACACCACGACGCCCGACCUGCAGAUCCAGGGCUUGGUCAUCAUGGCGCAGCUCUCACCCGACCACGGCUGGCAGGUGAAGUUCGCGCUCGACUUCCCCGGCGCGCCAUCCGGUGCCAUUGAGGCGGUGGUCAUGCACGCGCUCAAAGCUGCUGCCGCGACGGGCGCCACGAGCGUGACGUUCGGUGGUGGUGCGGCGAGCAAGCUGACGCCGGGCAAGAACCUGAAGGGCGCGAGGUUUAAAGUGUUGAGCAAGGCGUACCAUGCGAUUGCGACGGAGUUGAAGUUGACGAAUAAGACGGAGUUCCGGACGAAGUUGGGCGCGCAGGAGGAUCCGGUGUUUAUCGCCUACCCACCCCACGGUCUCGGCCCAGCGGGUGCAAGGGCCAUCAUCUCCUUCUUCGAGGACGACGACGAGGGCGGCAAGGUUUAG